AUGCAGACGACUUGGACUCCAAGACUUCAGGUGGCCGACGCUGCGGCCUCCAAACUUGCAGAAUUGAGACGUCAGGUGCUGAAGGAGGUCGAUCGACAGCGGUCAUCUUUGGAAGCGACGGCUGCAGAACUUGGAAUGCAGGCGGAGGCUGCUGCAGCAGUGGCCAAAGGUGCCGAGGUUGCAGCAGCGGUCGCCGAGACGUUUUCGCUGCGCCUGGAGAACUCAUCUGAAGAGCUGAUGCAGGUCAAAGUGCAGAGUGACGAACAGCAUGAUGACGUGAAGCAGCGCAUGGAAUUGCUGGUGCUGGAGGUAAAGAACACUCUUGGCCCAAAAGUCAGCCACUUGGAGGAGCAACUUCAAGCGGAGAGCUCGCGCUUGGACGUAGUGGCAAGCCAAGGGGCCGCCCACGAAGUGGCCCAGAGCCUAUGUCAAGAUGCUGUCCAAAGGCUCUCUGAGGCAUCAGCGGCAUCCGCACAAGCAUGGGAGCAGCACAAAGUGGCUAUGCAAGAAUGCGUUGCGGAGAAGCAUGCAGCAAGUCUGUCAAGCUGUGAGAAGACCUCGGCAGAUCUGAUCGCCUUGGCUGCAGCGGUCAGCGCAAGGGCAGAGGCCACCGAAAUAUCCAUCGGUGAGCUCCGCAUGGAUUUGGGGAGAGAAGUGAAGACAUGUCUUGCGGAAUCUGCUGACUUGGGCAGCCGGCUGGCCGAACUGGAUAAGAGCACUCGAUGCUUCUCUGAGGAGGUGGCAGAAAAGGCACGACAGGCGACGCGUGCUCUAGAAAUGGCCAUGAACCCGGAGGUGCAAGAGAUUCGGCACGAGCUCCAGGCAGCUGCACAGCGCAAGUCCGUCCAGGUGCUUGAAUCAGAGAGCGCGAAACUGGCCAAAGCGCUGCGCGAGUUGCAGUGCCAAGGGAUUGGUCAUGAGUGGACGGUGCCACGAGCAAACCAGCGAGUUGAGUAUCUAGCAAUGGACUCCAAAGAUGCAAAGGGUAUCUGGAUGGACUCUCCGGAGUUCUGGCUUGGAGGACAGGGCCCUCUAUUCCUGCGUUUCUACCCUCAGGGAGUGGCCGGAGGUGAUGGACUUUGUGCAGUUGGCCUGUAUGCACCUCAUCAGGAUAGGCUUGCUGCCUUACCGCUUCGCUUGGAUCUUCGGGUUGCAGACCUUCGCAAACGGGCCGUGGCGCAGACGGAGGCAGAGGGAGUGCUGUGGCUGGCACAUGGCUUCGGCAGCUUCGGCGCGCUGGAGCUGGUGAAGGAAGACUUGACCGUAGGUGUGGAAAUUCCACCCUUCGCCUGGGCUGCUUUGGACAAGGCAAAUGCCAAUCAGGCGGCUGGUAAUCCCUUCCAGCAUGGGAGCUUUACUGCAACAGCGAAGUUGCGAGAUGUCAGCGACUGUCCAAAGCCGACAGUCAGCUCAGAGCAGGUUCAACCCGAUUGCAAGGCCAGGUCAGUGCCGGGAUCGCCACAUGCUUGUCCCGGCGCUGUCCUGUCAAGCCCAAGUCCCUCGCGUCCGGGCUGGGCGGUGUUUGGUGAUCAAGGCGACCGCAAUGCGAGCGCACCCGAGCAGCCUGAGCGGCGGCGGCCCUGGUCUGCGCAAGCCGCGCAGCGUGCUGUUAACGUUACCACAUUUGCCACUGUGCCGGCGCAAAGGAGGAAACCUCCAGCCUGCGCAAAUCCAUUUCUGUCGGCCACAAGUGCCGCUGAUGAUCGACGCUCCACGAAUCCCUUCCUCGACCGUGCGUGA